AUGGCUAUCGCCGCCGUGGAAUCACCGCCGGCGAAACGUAGAAGAAUCGAACCUUCUUUAAUCGAAGGACUUCCCGAUCACAUCUCCGAAACUUGUCUUUCACUCGUUAACCGUCCGUCGUUACUCGCCGCCGUCUGUUCACGGUGGCGCCGUCUCCUUUACUCAACGGAAUUUCCUCCGUUUCCUUCUCUCUACACUCUCUUCUUCGAUUCAACCUCCGAUCCAUCUCCGACUAACUCUCGGAUCCGGUUCAUGUGUUUCGACCCGGUAUCUUCGAAAUGGGAUCCGCUUCCUCCUCCACCACCAGAUUCACCUCUUCACCGGAUUCUCUACCGUCAUCCGUCGUAUAUCUCAUAUAAUCUACCGAUUCAGUGUAUCUCCGCCGCCGGAAAACUCGUCGUCAUCGCCGGAAGUAACAAAGAACUCUCCCCGGCGAUUUCUCACCCUCUGAUCUUCGAUCCGAUCUCAUCAACCUGGUCUUCCGGUCCAAAAAUCAGAUCUCCGAGACGGUGGUGCGUCACCGGAGCUUACGACGGAGUUAUCUACGUCGCGAGUGGUAUAAGCUCGCAAUUCUCAACAACCGUCGCGAAAUCGAUUGAGAAAUUGGAUCUAAACCGGGAGAAAUUGGAUUUAAACCGGAAUAAUUGGGAGGAAUUGAGAGAGAUGAGAGAUUUACGGUUUAGUAGAGAAGCAAUAGAAGCAGUUGGAUGGAGAAAAAAGCUAUUAAUGGUGAAUGUUAAAGGAAACGCGAUAAAAGAAGGAGUCAUAUACGACGUCGUUAAAGACGAUUGGGAAUCGAUGCCGGAGGAGAUGCUGGUUGGUUGGAGAGGUCCGGUGACGGCGAUGGAGGAAGAGAAGCUUUAUUCGGUUGAUGAAACGAAUGGUAAGGUGAGGAUUUAUCAAGAGGAGAAGAGGGAGUGGAGAGAAGUUACGGUGGUUGAUGGUGGUGAAGAGAUGCUUAAAGGAGCUUUGCAAGUUACGGCGGUGGCCGGAAAAUUAUGUGUUGUUACCGGAGAUGGAAGGAUUGUUGUGGUGGAUGUUACGACGGAGCCGGCGAAGAUUUGGAAUUUGGAGUUACCUCUAGGUCUUGAACCGGUUUCGGUUCAUGUAUUACCAAGAAUGAACCGACCGGAUAUUUUUUGA